CGGCGGGCCAUCGACCGCGACAGUGUGGCUGCAGGUGCCGCGCGACGUGCCACGCCGAGCUGCACAGCGGCGCCAUGUCUGCGGACGAGUACGAGUACGAGAGGAUGCGUGCCGAGCUGCUGGGGCUGCCUCCUCCCGAGAGGAAGCCCGACCCGCCGGCGCAGGCGACCGCCGAGGAAGCCAACCCGGCACUCGACGAGCGAGUGCUCGAUGUCGAAGAUGAGCAGAUGAAGAACAUAACAGGAGGCCUGGAUGAACUAAACAGUAUUCUCACUGUCACUCAAAAGAAACUGAACAAGUUUAAGGUCGUGUGUGGCAGCCUAACGAAUCUGCUGAAAAUAAGAAUUGGCAAGGAAGAUGGCAGCUCAAGUACCUGCAGCACAGACUGCAGCAGAUCUCUGGGCUCUGGUGCUGAGGCAGAAAGGAAACAGGAUGAGCAACAGGAUGCAGAAGCAGAGAAGGAACAGAGUCCUGUAGUGAACAGUCCAGAAAAAGAAGAGAAAUCUGUAACAUCACAGAGAGCACUGAAUUUAGCUGAUAAAAUAACUUCACAGACAGAUCGUUUGGAUGCAAUGAUCAUGAAAGCUGAGCAGGCAGAAGUAAGCAUGUCCCACCAGAACAAGCAAAUGCGAUCUUUUCUCAGAUAAUAAUUUAUCACUCUAGUGGAUACCCUUAAGACAUAUCUUAAAUAUGACCAGCUGCUGAAGUCUUAAACUGAGAAUUGUUUCCAAUAUUUUGGGGAUCUAUUGCUUCUUUCUGUGAUUUUUUAUAUGAGUAAAUCCAUUUUACCAUCAGUAGUACAACUGCAAAAGGUUUCAACAAUGUUUUUUUCACGAUAACAACCAGCAGGUAUAAUUAAUGAUUUUACAAAAUUAGUGCACUAGAUCUGUGUUAAAGAUGGGUGACAGGCCUUUGAGGUAUAAGACUGAUCAUCCGGCCACAUGUUUAUAAUAAGAGAAUAAACCGGACACAUAGCUGUUGCAUUCCUGCCUAUAGCAUUGCAGCACUCACAUUUUCAUUAAGCUCAAUUUUGUUUGAAGUGUAAGUGUUGGUGCCAUAACUGAAACACUUGUCUGUGCUUUCAUACAGAAGAUGUUGAAGUGGUGUAGUAACAUGACAAAUGGCUUGGCAAAUUUCACUUUUCAGGAUUUAGGCCAAGGUCUAAAGCAUAUUUUGGAGCCUAACAUUUCAUUUUUGAUUAUCUUGUUGCUGACAAAUCCUGCCAUUUUGGUUCCUAGAGCACACUUGGUGGACAAGUUCUUAGAUUAUUUUCUUGUUAUUGUUAUUAUUAUGAUUAUUAUUAUUUACACAAAGGCCCAUAAUUUAUCUUGCUUGUCCAGCAUCCUUCUUUACUGAUGAAAUUUUUCUCAUGUUUAUAAACUUCUAUAACCUCUUACUAAAAAGUGCAUGGUCAGACUUAAUUGGUCAUGAAUUCCAUAGAUAAAAAUUAUAUAAAUUGUGGUCUGGUUUGUAUAUAAGGCAUUUGAUAUCAUUGGAGAUAAUCAGCAGCAAAGGAUACUAUAUAUUGCUAUAGUAUUCAUGGAGUAUACUUCUUAGCAGACCAGUGAUUAUGUAUGAGACAGGGUAGGGGUAUGUAGCGGGGUGGGUGUGAGCCAGAGGAAGGGGCAGAGGGUUCUGUACUGCGAUCAUCAGUGUCAUUAAUAAUUAAUAAAUGAUGUGCCAAAUCAUGUACUGCCAGUGGAUGACAGUGGUAUGUUUGUUAUAAAGAUGAAUAAAGCUGAUUUACAUGAUAGAGUCAUUGUAGCAAGAGAGCAAGCAAGCAAAUUGUUUAGACAAACAUUCAUUGUGAAUGACAAAAAAGAAAGCAAUUUAAAUGAACUUUAGCCAUAUGAAGAACAAAUUAGAAAGUAAUCUAACAAUAGCACUUGUUUAGACAAAAAUUCAUUGUGAAUGCCAAAAAAGAAAGCAAUUUAAAUGUACUUCAGCCUUAUGAAGGACAUAUAAGAAACUAAUCUAACAAUAGCACUUGGCCCACAUAAGAUAGAGCAAACACUCUAUAUUACUUUUUUAGGUGUGUUGAUGGAAGCACAUUGGCAGAAACAUACAGAAUCAUUAAAGAAAACAUUGAAUCAAUAGAGCUGUGUUCUAAAUACACUUAAAAAUUUCUGUAGUAUUAAAACAAUUUUCUGUAACUACAUUGCUGCCAUGCAUGGCAUGUUAAGAUAAAUCAUAGCCUUGGUGGAAUACCAGUCUGCCUUAACACUGAUUUGUACUUUACAAUCAUAUAAGUAUAUUUUUAAGAAAUUUUAAAUCACAACCCUACAAAUAAUGUAGAUUUGUUAAAGUGCAUGUUUCUGAAGCUACACAAUGAAUUCUCAGUCAUACAGUCAAUUCCAUAACCACGAAACAAGAUAUAGAGAUGAUUUUCAUAGAGAAAUACACACAAAAGGCAAGUAUCAAAAAGUGCACUGUGUUAGCCAGAAAUUCUGUUUAGUGCACUGUGUAAGGAAAUAAAGACAUCAGAAUUCCACACAUUUAAUCAACAACAGUUUUUAUAGUAUUGAAGAACAUGUGAAUCAUCAGCAUUCAAAGUAAGGAAUCCUCCCAAAGCAGGUCUGAGUGAGCUGUCCUUUCUUUUAAACUUUCUCCUUACCUCAUCCUCUCUCUUCCCCUAGGAAGGGGCAUAGUACUUACAAAAUAAACUGUAUCGUCACGUACUUUGGCAGCAAAAAUAUUUUUGGCUCCUCAAGCUAAGUACUGGCUGAUAACUCUGUCUCAUAAUAAAAUAUAAUAAAAGAUUUUUUUACUGCGCUAAUUUAUAUAUUGCCUGUUGUUAUGUGUAUGGCUUCAUGUUCUACAUAAGAAUACUUUAUUAACUAAAAUGUAAUGGUAAAAUUGUUUCAUGUCUUACUAUCAACAUAAAAUCCUAGAUAAUUAUAUAUUGAGAUAAAAUGGCGCUAAUAAACUGAAAUGAAGUGAAUAAUGGCAACAUAAAUUCAUAAAUGUGAGACCAACUUCAGUAAAAAAAGGAAGGAUGCUUUAAAUUAGAGUAAUGUUGCGUGAUUAGGAAUAGGUGAUUUUUUCAGCUGUAUGCACCAUGUAAACAUUCAAAGAAGCAGUAAAUGAUUUGUCUCCCACAUGAGGAGACAACAUAUUACAUACAAACAUAUGCCUUAGACCACAACCCAAAUCCCUAAAAACAACGGUCAACAAGAAAACAAAUUUCUCCCUCAAAAGUGUGCAUUUUCUGCACACCAUCUCUUAACACUGAUGUUUCUGCUAUUAAAAAUGUGGUUGCAUAGAUAUAGUUUUCUGCAGUUUUUAAUACAUUAUGUCAGUUUGUGCAUAUGUUUCUGCAUGAACUACAUUCUUUUUUUUUAAAAUAAGAUGAGGGCGCUGAGGUAGGUUAUAUAACAUUAUUUCAUUCAUGCUUUACGUGCUACUGGUGAACAAUUUACUAAUGCUGUGGCAGUCAUGCUGUAAGUCUUAAGCUUUAUGAUGUACAAAAAAAUUAUAAUCUAAGUGUAACAUAACAAACUGAAAUGUAAUUCAAGCAGUUUAGUAUAUAGUAUAUUGAACCUAGACAUGGUUAAGUUUUGAAAGUGAUAUUUGGGAUAAUAUUUAGUUAACAAUAUUCCUGAUAACUUCACUACAACGAACUCUGCUUAAUAUUGUUAUGACAUUGUAAUAACAAUGAGCUAAUUACUGAUGACAGUGGAAAACUAAGAAAGGAACAUUAGUUAUAAGUGAAAAAAUAAAGAGUCAAGCUUAACCUUUGGGAUAUAGUCAUAAUUAUCGUAAAAUAUUGAGUUCCUGCAUCAGUGACAUUUCUGUGAUAUCAUACAGGAAAAAAGGUAACUGAAAACCUGGAAAGAUUUCUUUUCUCAAUAUUUCAGUGAACAGUAAGACAAACUCGGUAGAUAACAAAUGGAGAGAUUAUCUUUUCUGUUAUAUUUCUCUGUGAGGAAAUAAUUAUUAAAUAUGAAUGUUUUUAAAUCAGUUGCUUUGUUAUGUAUCCUGGCUGUUAUAUAAUUCUCAAUAGAAAGAUUUAUGAUAGCUGUGUUUGUAAUUUGUUUGGUACUUAUUUGGGCCUGUAUAGUGAUAUCUAUUUUGAAAGGCCACUUCAAAAAUCUCAAUCAUCACUACAGGUACUGCAUGAGAUAUAUUACUAAAACAUAUUCAAAAGAAAAAGGAAAGAGAACAUAUGGAUCUUCUUGUAAAAAGUGCUAUGCAGCAUUCAUAGUCUUUUCAAAGUUAGCUUCAUGGGAAACUGAUGUCACUAGUGCUAUUCAAAUUUCUCAUUCCACCGGUGUAUUAUUUAUAAAUGUCAUAAUGGAUUUUCAGUUCAUCCUACUUUUUUAAAUGUUUUACUGAAAAUAAUUUUUUCUUGUGAAUGUAAUAGUCCAUAAUUUAAUUAUUGAAUAACAUUUAUUUUACAUUCUUGUUGCCACAUGAACAUAAGCCAAGUACUGUUUGAAAAAUAUUGUGCCAAAAUCUAUAACUGGGUGAGCACAGUACUCAUAAUAAUGGAAAUUAAACAUCUAAAAAAUGUGACGUGCUAUAGUCAACUUUGGAAUUCACAUUGAUGCUGUAAGUCAUGUAGCUACACUCAACAACUUUUUAAAUCAUUGCAUAUUGUUGUUAUGGAAGCAAGUUUAAUUAUUGGACUUAUAUGAUCAUUUAAGCAUCUAUUUCAUGCUGUCAAUUUCUGAAUUCAUCAUCAAUCCUCCACUGAAGACAGUAUUGAUUUUGUUAGGUAGAACACUUUUACUGAAUGAUAAGACUUACACAUGCAGGAAAUAUUUAAACACCUGUUAGUUGCCACAAUACAUGGCAUGGUAAGGGUUACCAAAUCCAUCAUAAAAAUAACAGUAUUAAUGAUUAGACAGUGGAGGCUUUCUCAGUGAAUUUCAUUGAUGGAAUCUCCUUGGGUUAUCACCAAGUCAUGGCAUUGUGUUGUCACAAUGUUUCAACAAGUUUUGUACACAGCAUUGAAGUAACAAAAAUUUCAAGUGGACUGCAGCUUUUGUCAGAAUUAAGAAAAAGAUAAAGGUAAUAGCAAAACUUUUAUCUUUUUUUUAAGCAAUUUCUGUAACUCUUUUCUCCCUACUUGUAGUUAGUUGUUUUUGCCAUGGAAUGAAGAAAGUCUGUUCUGGACUUCGCAUUGUUUGCAGGAAAAACAAAGGCAAAGAUAAUGACUGCAACUAUUUUUGCAGCCAAAAACAGAAUUUUUGUAGGUUUAAAAAUUCCUUUUUCCCUCUGUGACUUUUCUGCAAUGUCUUCCCUCUUGUACAGCAUCUAAAUAAGACCUCAUAUCAUGGAGACAGUUUAAUUGGUUGUCAAGAGCAAAUGCUCUGAAAAAAAGUUGGAAAGAGUAUAAAUCUAUGUAACCUUAGUACCUUGACCAUUUAUUUUCUUUUAUUUUAGGACAAAAGGAACUAAUCACACAAAGAGAGGCAUGAGAUGGGAACCAAAAGUGAAAAUUGUUGCCCAAACAAUACUCUUUCCUAUUAUGUAAGAUACAAAAUGUCUUAUGAUGAUAACUGCAUGUGUACUGAGUAUCUCUCUAAGACACCUCUUCGAAAAUUUGUUAAUCUUCUUUUAAACCAAGAAAUGUUCCAGGUGAAUUGAAUGUGUUGCCAUACCACACAGAAAAGUUUAAUAAUAUGCUUAUUGACAAUUGUCACUCAGUAUCUGAUCUCUCCAUAAGCAUAUGGGAUGACAUAAAAUAUGGCUAUAUCUCUGUGGAGAAUGGGCAUAUCUUUCAAGUAUGGAGUAAUUGUUGAUUAAGAGCCAUACAAUCAAAAGGUUUCCUUGAAUAUUUUCUAAGUGUCCGUGCUCAUUACGUAAUGGCUAUUACAAGGUUGUUGACACAGCAGGAAAUGUUAAUGGGGGAAACAUGUUUUCUGAAGUUAGGAAAGGAAAAGAGAUGCAGAUCUUCUGUUGUCCCAGUUAACACAAGUUAUCAUAGCUUCUUUAUAAACUGAUACAGUUCCUUCAAAAUGCAUAUGUAGCUGAAGUGACUAUACUUCUAGACAGAAUGGCUAUUGGACAUGUCUCCAUGAAAACGAAAGUACUUUGAGCUCUGUUGAACAGAAUUACUAAGUCAGAUUUGUAAAACACUGGUAUGCACUGUCAUGUUCACUUCAUCAGAUUUAUUUUCAUCUUGUCAAUGUUGCUCCUGAAGACUCUCCCUCAAGUCAGUACAAAUUAUGCACUAUCUCCUCUAUGCACUAGAACAGAUUUCAGCUUUGUAAAAAAGUUAAAAGAUUGGACUCAUCCACAGCUGGUGGUCUCCCAUAGUGCUACUCAUCUUUCGUGCUAGUUUAUUCUUUCAGCAAAUUCUUUGUCCAUUUGUGAACAUUAACCUUCUUGGUGGUGUUAUCUCUAUAUAUAUACUCUGUAGCCUUCUGUAAAUGUCAGACAGGUAAUACUCCUUCUGCACUAAGAACCCAUUAAUGGGGAAAAACAUACUGUGAGGCAACUAUAUAGAGGGAACUCUCUCCAUUUCCAUGUGAAUUUAAUAAAGAACUUAUUAUUACUUUUCUAUUACUUGUGAUAGAGCCCUCAGAUUACUUGACAAAAUAAUGUAAUGGAAAGAAAAGGAACAAUUAUGAUCAAAUUCUUCAGCUGUAUUAGGCUUGCAUUAGUGUGGUAAAUAUUUUCACUUUCUGUUUGUAAUAAAGGAGAUUUGUACAAUGUUUUAAGUACUGUCAGUUUUGAUUCAUCAUUUUUCCAGUUUGUUGAUUGUUAUUGAAUAUUUAACUAACUUGAAUUUUGGGAAACACUACUGGAUGUAUCACUUAUCCUCACAAAUAAUGACUCUCCCUUCUCAUUUCCAACUGGCAUUAGUCAAACCAAUAUCUUUAUAAAAUCUAAUAUCCAUUUUUGGUUUUUGGUACCAAUUCAGUCCUGUUUUCAACUUAACAUUGUUACUUAGGCAAAGAUAAGAAAAGAUUACAUCUAUAGCACACUCCUCAUUGGCCUUUUUUACGGGUUUGUAGCUAUGACAUUAAGAAGCUUACUGUAUUUCAGUUUCAGUGGAGGCAAUGUGUGGCAACAAAUAAAGAUCAAUAAAUGUAUCUGUGGCUUGAUAAGAAGUACAGGAAUCUUGUGAAUUCAUUACAGAUGUAUUACACAUGAAGGUAAAUAUUUAUGUUCCCUUAAAGUUAUCUAUAGGUAUUGUCUAGGAUUGCUCUGCUAUUAGUCAGCUGUUCAGUGUCAACUGUUGUUUCACUUGUAACUCACGUAAGAUACAGACUUUUUUAAAACUUUAUCAUCUUCUGCACAUAAUCAUUCUACUUAAUAUAAUGUUUCUGUAAAUAUUUCACUAACUGUUGAUGUUAUUGUCAGUGUGCUUUUAUAUGCUAGUGAAUUAUGAUGAGCAGUGCCUUUAAUUGACUGUUUACCUGUUUUUCAAGCCCUAAGUGUUAGAAAGUGAUGUUGGGCAUAAUCUUACCUGCAGUAAAUGUUAGAUUUUAGUUAUUGUGGUUAAUAUCUUGUUACAUUAUUUUUAUAGUUAUGAAUUUUUACCUAAGAACAUGGUACAAGUUACAAGUAAUUUUUUAUGCUUUUAAAGUUUGUGUAAUGGUAUAUAAACUACAACUAAGAUGUGUCAUUUGAAAAAUGUUUUGUAAAAUAUACUUGUAAUAUGUUAUUUAGUCUAUUGAUUAUGAAGGCAAUCAGACAACAAUUUACUAAGAGCUGUGAAACAAUUGUGAGCAUUCAUGUAAAAAUAAAUAUUUAAUGUGUGAUCAUAUUUAGUUACUUUUAAAUAUUUACAUGUAAAUUAAAAACGCCAAAUGUAUGUAGCUUCA